ACACCGAGGAACCUGUACACACACCAAGUGUGCCUUUGGCGGAAGGUAAUUAAAAUUCCGUUUCCCUGUCCUUUGCUCCAUAAACAGGGGGCGACGACGACGACGACGACAGUCAACUUUACCGUUCGAUCCGAUUCGGACGAACUUUUUAUUAUUUCGGGGGUGGGUGGUGGAUAAAAUUUGCAUUCGAAAGUUCGAACUCGGGCAGCUAAUUGGAAGUUACGUUUAGUCCUGCUUCCGGCGGUGAGUGUGGCUUUCCGGAGAAAUUAAUCAACGGAAGCUCUGAGUAAUUUGCAGCUGACCACACAGGUUAUCCUCAGGAAUUAGCGAGAUCUCACCGGAGACACCAUGGAGUACGUGUUCGACAUCUUCUUCGAGGAGUGCUUCCUGACGAUGGAGCGCAGCGGGCUGAAAAGUCGCAGCGGUCGGAGGGACGUGAUUGACCACCUGAAUUCGGUCAUUUCCGGGUGUAUUGAGGGUCGACCGACGGCCACGGCUCAGUUGGCGGUCGGGUUGGCCGUUAAAUCGGCUAUUGAUUACCACCGGAAGAUGAAGGACGACAAUUUUCGGGUCUGCAUGAUGGGAAAGUAUCACAACGUGCUGUAUAUUGCGAUGAGGAUCGCGUGGGACUGGAGCUUGGAGGACUCGGAGGUGAUUCGGUUGCUACUGGAGGAAAUCUACGCGUGUGAGAAGACUUUCGAGAGGCUAUUUUUGGGAGCGUUGUUUGGAUCGAAUGCUCCGCAUUUCAUUGCCGGGUGGAAGAGCGAUUUCAAGGAUCAGGAUGAAAAUCUGAGAGCGAUGGUCUUCUUUCUGCACCAUGCCGGUAAAACGAGACUGAAAUUUCCAAGUUAUUCGUAUAUCUAUCGAGAUAUUGUGCCAACGAAAUUCAUUGACAUUCCAAUUGAGUCCUGUGGUAAGGCCGCGCCUCUUCGCGUUGCCAUACAGGCUUCUGCUCCAGAUACUCUGAUGAUUCUGUUGCGCCAAGGAGCGGAUCCCAAUCCGGACGACGGAGGAUCUUCCCCGAUCAUUAGCCUACUGGACAAGCUCCGCGAAUACGAAAACCGAUCCUAUCCGUACCAGCUGGUGUCCUGUCUGAAACUACUGCUCCGUUGCACCAUCAUGGUCGAGCUUCCCUACAAGCCCCACCUUUUCCACGUCCGAAAGGAGAUGUUCCAAACCAAGUACCGUCUACUCCUCGAGGAUAACCUCAUCCCUAUAGAUCAGCUAUUCGGAGUGCCAACCCUCAAAUCCAUCUGCCGGUGCCACGUACGUGAUCAGCUUCGGAACAACUUCCAGCUACCGCGCGGUAUCAAUCGACUCAAUGUGCCACGUAAAAUUAUGAAAUAUAUCGACUUGUUGGAUUGAUUGCUUUUGCUCACUCUCGUA